AUGUCUUCUUUAAACUCAUUACACAUUUCUGUGCCUCAAUCAAAUCUCUUUAAUCCAUAUAGUCAUCGCAACAGUCGUAGUAGCUUAUCUUCUACAGGCUCAUCCAACUCGCCACUGUCUCCUCCCAAUGAUGGCAACUGGGAACCCAACGAGAUUGAUGAUGGAAAUAGACGCUCUGCCAAGAGAGGUGUCAGCACAUUCAUCAGCAAAUUAUUUAGUAUGGUCAGCGAUAGACGCAACCAACAUUUGAUCUCUUGGAAUCCUAGUGGAUCUUCAUUCCUCGUCUGCAAUGCUACUCGCUUCGCCCAAGAGGUGCUUCCUGAACACUUCAAGCAUUCCAACUUCUCUAGUUUUGUACGUCAACUGAACAUGUAUGGCUUCCAUAAGAUCAACAAAUCUCCUCGUGGUCAACGUGGCAACAAUGAAAACGAAAUCUGGGAGUUCUCUCAUCCUAAAUUCCAAAGAGGUUGCCCUGACAUUCUCGAAGAAAUCAAACGUAAAGCCAUGGACUCUGAGCUCCUGCGUCGUGAAACUGGUGAUAUUCAUGCUUCGUUUGCUAUGGUUCAAUUGUCUCAAGCUGAUUUACUUCAACAAUUCCGUGUGCUCCAAGAAAACUUUGCCAACUUGCUGCAAGGUUUCGAAGAGAUGAAAAAGGUCCAACUACAGCAACAAAUCAUCAUCAGAAGACUAGCAGAAAGACAAGGUCUUCCUACCAGCACUAAUACCUCUCCAUUAUAUUAUAAUGAUCAGCCUAGUGUAUUUGUCACAUCUCCAUCUACUUCUGCCUGUGAACCUCUACAUCAUUGGGAUCAACAACAAUCUUCGCAGCAACCUCAACAACCACAAAUGAUGAUGCCAUCCAUGUAUCAUAACUCCAAUCCUCAAAAAUUUGCGUUUCCCAUGCACCCUCUUCCUCCCAGCCCUGUAUCUAGUGUACUUUUAUCCUCUCCAUCUUCUUCCAGCGAUGAUCAAGCUACAUCUGAAAAUUACCAGAAGCACCGCAUGUCUUCUGGACACGGCAUGAACUUGAGCUUCCCUGAUCAGUGA